AACAGCUCCGCGCGCAGAUGGAGCAGCGCAGCGUGGAGAAGACGCUGAGCCCGGGCCGGGGCUGCGGGCUGCGCGCGCGGCGGCGGCUGCAGCCCGGGGAGCUGCUGUACCGCGCCCAGCCCUUCGCCGCCAUCGCCGCCAGCCCCCAGCGCGGCCGCCUCUGCGAGCGCUGCCUACGCAGGAAUGAAGACCUGCUUAGGUGCUCUCAGUGUAAAAUUGCCCGAUACUGUGGUAAACGCUGUCAGAAAGAAGAUUGGCAGGACCACAAACGGGAAUGCAAGUGUCUUAAGAGCAUUGAGCCUAAUAUUCCUCCUGACUCUGUGAGACUUGUUGGAAGGAUUGUUUUUAAACUACUUAGAGAAUCAGCAUGUCCUUCUGAAAAGCUCUACACUUUGGCUGAUCUUCAGUCAAAUAUUGAAAAGCUAAGUGAAGAAAUGAAAGAGGGCCUUGGGCACCUUGCACAAACAUUACAGCUUUAUUUGAAAGCAGAGGUCCAGGAUGCUUCUCAGCUGUCACCUGCAAUAGACAUUUUUCAGAUCUUCGCAAAAGUAAGUACCUGUUACCUCCUUUUGUCAGCCUAUUUCUGGUCCUGUUGUUCCUCCUGGAACACUUUUCUUUUGGAUUCAUAUUGUUCUUGCAUACCUGGUCAGGCAACUGUCCUCCUUCAUUCAUGGAGGUUCUCUCUUACAGAUUUCAUCAAGGUGACAUGUAACUGUUUCACCAUCAGUAAUGGAGAGAUGCAGGAUGUUGGUGUUGGCCUGUAUCCCAGCAUGUCUUUGCUGAACCACAGCUGUGACCCAAACUGUGUGAUUGUUUUUGAGGGAUACCAGCUUCUACUUCAUUCAGUCCGGGAGAUCCAGAUUGGUGAAGAGCUUACCAUCAGCUAUAUUGAGUCACUGAUGCCCAGCAAUGAACGCCAGAAACAACUGAAGCGCCAAUAUUGCUUUGAAUGUGACUGUCUUCAAUGCCAAACACAGAACAAGGAUGCUGACAUGUUGGCAGGUGAGGAGCAAGUGUGGAACGAAUCCAGAGAUGCUGUAACUAAAGUGAAAAACCUCAAAUCACCAGAAGAGUGGGAGCAAGUUCUGGUGACAUGCCAGACUCUUCUAAAUAACAAUGCUGAUCGUCUCCCAGACACAAACAUCUAUCAGCUAAAACUGCUCGACUGUGCCAUGGAUGCCUGUAUUAAUCUUGGACUUUGGGAGCAAGCUUUGCAUUAUGGCAACAGGACACUGGAACCAUACAGAUUCUAUUAUCCCAGCUUCCAUCCUUUGAGGGCUGUCCAGAUGAUGAGAGUGGCCAAAUUGCAGUGUAGUCAAGACAUGUUUCAUCAAGCCCUGGAGACCCUGAAGCAGGCUUAUAACAUUAUGAAAGUAACACAUGGAAUGGACCACAGCCUGGUACAAACCCUGAUGGAACUUAAGGAACAAUGUGAGGCUGGCAUGAGAGCACAGUGAGGAAAUCCCACAAGCUGGGAGACUGACAUUCAGAGGAAAAGGAAAGGAAAUGUUUUCUUUCCGUGACACUGAAUGGCAAAAUCUCUCUCCAGGCCUGAGCCAAAGCCCUUUGAUUUCAUUGGAAAGAUUCCCAUUGAUUUUGCUAGGCCUUUGAUCAGGCCUUAUUUGCUUUGCUAAAAUGCUGAAUGUGCAUUAGCUUAGCUGCUUUCCUAUAUAAUUUUCCUUACUGAAUUCAUACUGAGGGGGAAUACAUGCCAUUUUCAAGGAGAUCUGGCUAUCUACAAAGCAAUGUGUUAGUAUACAUGUCUUAGUAUUUGAUGGGGGUAAUAAAAGUAUAUAUUUCUAUGGAA